AUGCUGUGUCUUUAUGUAUGGGGUUCACAUUGGGGACUUCCUUCUAUUGACCCUGCGUGUUUAUCGGUCAUUUCAUACUUACAACUUGUUUCUGAAGAAUGGAAAGUUGUUGAAUGCAGUAAUCCAAAUAUAUCUCCAACAGGGGAGCUUCCUGUAUUAAGAGAUGGGCUGAAUUGGAUCACAGGUGUUCACAAUAUAAUAAGUCACCUAAAGAAAAAUGGUUUAAAUGCGGAUGAAAAUUUAACAGAUAAACAAAAAGCAGAUAGCCUGGCGUUCGCCUCUUACCUUGAAGAAAGCGUCUACGAUAUACUCUUAUUUGCAUGGUACGUUGAUUCCAAAAAUUUCAUAGAAGUCAUCCGUCCACUUUACGCGGGAUUACUUUCAUUCCCAAUGCAAUAUUUUAUACCAGCGCAACUACGUAGUUCCGCCAGGGAGAGGUUGGAAAUACAUGGUAUCGAAAGCGUUGGUGAUACUGGAAUUAUUAUAGAUAAGGAUAAAAAG